AUGACUACUCCGGUGUUAACUCCCACACACAUACCACUUCCACCUCCAUUGCAGGUGACUGGCGAUUUAAAAGCCAACUGGAAGAAAUUUAGACAGCUGUGGGACAGCUAUGAAAUUGUCACAAGCAUUGUGGACAAACCAGACAAAUUUAGAGUAGCCACGUUCAUAACAGCCGUAGGCAAGGAUGCACUGGACAUCCACAAUAAUCUUCCGUACAAAUCGGAGGAGGAAAAACAAAACAUGGCUACUAUCUUGAAGCUCUGGGAAGAGCACUGCAAAGGCAAGACCAAUAUCAUUUAUGAACAAUACAAGUUCAACAACUGUGCUCAACAGGCUGAUGAGCGUUUUGACCAUUAUCUGGUCAGAUUGAGGGAGUUGGCAUCAACAUGUGAUUAUGGCAAUCUCACUGAUGAUAUUCUCAGAGAUAGAAUUGUAUGUGGCAUAACUGAUAACACGUUGCGUAAACGUCUGUUGCAAGAAUCGAGCCUCACUUUAGAUAAAUGUGUCAUGUUAUGUAAAAUAGAAACCGAAGAAGGCAAGCCAAACAAAAAAUAUGCCAAUGAAAUUAUGGCCACGUUCAUGAUUAAUGGUCAGAGGAUUAAGAUGCAGGUUGAUUGUGGUGCAACAUGCAAUGUGCUACCUCAGAAGUACUUACCUGUAGGUACAACGAUAGAUAAGUCAAACAAAAUUCUGUCACUUUAUAAUAAUGAAGCGACCAUUCCUGUUGUUGGCACUGCCAUGGUACUGUUAGUGAACCCUAAAACCAUGCAAGAGAACAGUGUGCCCUUUGUGAUAAUUGAGGGCCAGAGUACACCACUCAUUGGAUCGCGCUCCGCACAACAGCUGAAUUUGAUAUGCGUACAGCAUCACAAUAUCGCCGUGAUAAAUGAGCCACGCAACAUUCAAGCUUCACUCACAGACAAGCCAAUGAACUCAAGAACGGACGUCAUCAACGCCUAUCCGGAUGUGUACCAAGGACUUGGUCACAUGCCCGGAACUGUGCAUGUUGAACUUGACAAAUCUGCUACGCCGACAGUAAUGCCGCCAAGGCGCGUACCAGUCGCACUCAAAGAUAAACUCAAGACAGAACUUGAUCGAUGGGAGGAGCGACAGAUCAUCACAAAGGUUGUAGAACCUACUGAAUGGGUAUCAUGUUUGGUUACUGUCGAUAAACCAAACGGGAAGAUACGAGUCUGUAUCGACCCCAAGCCCCUCAACAGUGCUCUCAAACGGGGGCAUUACCCACUGCCAGUGAUCGACGACAUCUAG